CAAGCUUGGAAUCCUGCUUGGAAUCAAGAAGAAUCUGAAGUGUCCGGCUGGAUCUUGCUAAUUUUUUUGCAGAUUGCGUUAGAUCUUGAUCUUUGUUUUCAUUUUCGCUCACUCGAAUCUUCAUAUAUCAUAAUAAUCUUUGAGAACUCAGGUGGACGGAAGACUCUUUAUCUUGGAUUUUCAGAAUAUCAAGAGGUGGACUGGUGCAGAGGAAGACGGGAAGCCCGGUGCUGCGGCGGCUGGUCGUCUGAGCCGGCGCGCUGAUGGCGCUCGAAGAGGCGGACCGUAUCCUGUUGCGCUCGCUGGCCGAUGUCGGGUUCGAGGCGGACGAGGCCGGCUCACUGGCCGACCUCUCGCCAGGCCAGGUGUUCGCGGCAGUGGCGCUCUGCGUGCGGCACGUGCGUCCAGAGCUGGCUGAGCGAGUGGCCAGCAGAAUGCCGGCCUCGCUGUCGGCCCGGCUCAACAUGUGCACCGUCAUGGCCGACUGCUGUCGAGAGCUCGGCUUCCGCGGCGACAUCGGCUACCAGACGGUCCUCUACGGCAGCACCAAGGAGGUCCGCGGCGUGAUCGCCUUCCUGGUGGACAAGUUCCCCAAGCAGGACCUGCUGGUGGUGGAGCCGUCGGCGGACCCCAACUCGGCGCUGCUCCGUGCCACGCAGGCGGCGCUCAGUGAUGCUCUGCAACAGCCGUGGACGCCGCACUACUGCCGAACGACUGGCCAGAGGGUACCGUUCGCCGCCGAGAGGCUGGACGUCGAGGCGGGAUCGUUCGUCACGCUGCAGCCGAGCAGCGGUGCGGCGGUGGCGCCGUCCGUGCUGGACUGGACGGCCCGACUGCUGGUGGCAGGAGACAGGCCGGCGCGGACCGGUUCCCGACCGCCACUGCCGCCGGAGGCACUGGAGAUGAUCACCGAGGCUGAGCGACAGUUCCCUCGGCUGGAGCCUCAGUCGGUAGCGGCGCCCGUCGCUGCUGCUGACGUGGUUGUUUCGGCAGAUGUGGCGGUGCAGGAGUCUGCUUCCGCUGAUUCUGUGAUGGAGGAGCCGCCAGUGGAGCAGGAGUCGGAGCAGGACCGGCGAGAGCAGGCCAGACUCCAGCAGGAGCAGGAGCUGGCCGCCGCCAAUGAGAGUCUGGAGCGGAUCCGCGCCUCGCUGGAGGCCAGCACCAAGGAGUACCAGCUGCUGCUCCAGGAGUGUACGGAGCGGCAGGCGGAAGCGGCGGCGGAGGCGGCUCUGCUCAGCGAGCGGCGCGCCGGUCUGCCGCUGCGCCAGCGGGCCCGGCAGGCUCUGGACGCCGGCGGGGACGCGGUGAGCGGCGCCACGGCGGCUGAGCGCGCCCGGCAGCGCGCCGCGCACCGGCACGCCGAGUGGGAGACGCGCCGCGCCGACCUGGAGCGGACACUGGCCGAGCUGCGGCGCACGGCGCGCGACGCCCCGCUCGAGGAGCUGGCCCGCCGGCAGGAGGAGCUUCGCAGUGAGCUGGCGCAGCGCGAGCGGGCGCUGGCCACCCUGCAGGGACAGGCGGCCGGUCUGAAGAAACACGUGAAACGAACGGCGUACACCAAACGUAUCCUCGAGAUCGUCGGCAGCGUGCGCAAACAGCGAGAGACCAUCACGGCCAGCAUUGAGGAGACGAAGGCGCUGAGGAAGAGCAUCAACACCACCUCGGAGAAGAUCGCGCGCACGUUCCAGGCGGCCGAGGAGCAGAUUUUCCCGGAGGCGGCCGGUAACGAGUGGUCGCGCGCCUCGUACCGCGGCCUGGUGUCGCUGCACGACUGCUGCUCCGAGCUGGUGAACCUGGUGGAGCAGACGGCGGCCGUGCUGCGGCGCGGCCGGCGCGUCCAGGAGAUGAUCGACCAGGAGAGGAGCAGGCGCGUGGAGGUGACGCUGGAACAGGUGCGGGCAGACCUGGAGAAGGUGCGCCUGGAGAACCAGCAGCUGCAGCGCGACGUCUGAGCAGUGCCGUGUGCUGCAGUGGGGCCCGACGGCGGGCGGGCGUGGCCUUCAGGCUGGGUGCUAGGGAAGCUGUGGAUGACAGGAGGUUACCGAUGUAAACGCAGCGUUAUCGCAUAUUGCGCUCUUGUGCCAUUCCAUGAUCCUGUUAGGGACCCUCGCGGUCAGUAUGAUUUUGUAUUGCAUUUGGUGCCUUGCGAACUGCGGUUAAUGGCUAUGAUGUAGGUAAUUGCUGCACUUUGCUAGAGACGUCCAACGAUGUGUUUGAAGCCAUUCCUGGAAAAAGCCAUAUUUAGUACGAGAGAGGGUACGCCAAAUAAGUGAUUAACCGAUCAUUAUCAUAAUUGAUAAAUGAUCUAAAGUGAUUAUGUUCAGCAUGUUGCCUGGGUCCUAUUACUCUGCUAGGUGGCAUGCGCUGUGUGAUUUACGCAUAGUUCCAUAAUACGUGAUCAAUGCUCCUUUAGCUAUUCCAACUACCAAGGGCGUGUUUAUAGUCCAUCGCUUGGUAAAUGGCACCUUUAAUUUCUGUGAGAAAAAAAAAAAUAAAUUGUAUCACGAAUCCGCAUAUCAAAUACAUUAUCGGCUUUCGUUGCCGUGAAUGCGCUUUUGAUUGAAGACGUGAUGGCUUGGCAAUAAUACCGUUCGUAGUGACCCGGAAUCUGUUUCUUGGUGAUUACCACAG